AUGGCCCAAGGUCACAAGCAUUUACAAAGAAACACAGAUAAUUUAAAGUGUUUAGAUUUGUUAAAUGAAGUUAAAAUCUUAGCAAUUCAUAUCUAUACAACAAAAAUGGAAUUUUACAUUGUAGACUGUUCACACAGGCUAUUUUCUACAAUGAAAAAACUAACAGAAAUUAGUCUUCCUACCAUUAAAGAUAAUCCACAAGAAAUAGUUGAAUUGAUCAAAAGUCUAAUAGCUAUUUAUAAGAUAAUUAAAGAAAGUAUUAAAAAAAUAGCAGAAAUAAUUGACAUCAUAACUGAUCUAUCUAAUAGAAAGCCAAGUACACCUUUACAAAGUGAAAUCAAUAACCUACUAUCAAUGACAUUUGCAACUCUAGAUAUUUGA